CAUGCUUGAUCAGUAAGUUUACACCGGAGACACGCACGGUCCAUCAGCAAUAUCAAUUAGACGGUGAUAACGAUAACGUUAACGACAGGCUGUCAUUUAAGUUAAGGUUCUGAGUGGAUUUAUGCGCGAGAUUAUAUAGCCUAAUUGAACACGAGGCUAGAUUUAAAAAUUCUCCAAAAUAUAAUUUUUUUUAAAUUAAAGUGUACUGAUUUGCUUAUUUUUGUCCUUUGAUGCGCUUAAGUAAAGGACAUCACUAUUGAUUUUUUUUCUUUUUUCUGUAACUUAACGUCUCUGGAGACUUCAUCAUCAAUAUGCAUGAGUCGUGAGCUCCGGGCUUCCCCCGUUUCCCCUUUAUUGAUCAUCGUCUGUGAACUCUGAGCUGCUCGGAUUGCAGCCAAUAGUCAGAUGAGACAACUCCAGGACCAUGUCUCCAGAUAGACUGGCAACGUAGCAUUUAUUAUUUUUAUUAUGGUUAUAGUAACAGACACGGGUUCAUUAUGGAUGCGAGCUCUAGGUUUAUCUUAACCGUCUGCACGCUGCUGCUCGUCGCGCGCAGUGACGGCUCUCCGUUCACCGACUGUAUUCAAGGCAAAGGGAAAGCUGGCUUUUACGAGGGAUUCAUAGACGUGACUGAAUCGGGUGUAAAAUGCAUGAACUGGAGCGAAGUGCCGGGUGUUAUAGAGCGGUAUCCGGGGAAAGGGCUUGGGGAUCACAGUUUGUGCCGAAACCCUGACGGUAGAAUUCGGCCGUGGUGCUUCUUCCCAAACAGCCGUGGACGCAUUGACUGGGGCUACUGUGACUGCAAACAAGGCUCUUUAAGGUUGCAAGGUGGCAAAUCUAAGUUGGAUGGCACAGUUGAAGUGUAUCUGAAUGGUGUGUGGGGAACCAUCUGCAGUAAUGGAUGGGAUGACAGGGAUGCCGCUGUGGUGUGUCGACAGCUGGGACAGGGAUAUAAGGCACAUGCACGUGCAAGUCCAUUAUUGCGUCUGGCAGUGUCUGUAGUUCACUGGCAGACUGUGGGAUGUGAAGGAGAUGAAGGAGACUUACUGCAGUGCAGUCGGACCGUCUGGAACGGAGGAGACUGUAUAAACCACCAGGCGGCUGCUGUCUCUUGCACCCCAGUGGAAGCCUCAGUGUUUGUCCCUGUGCGUCUCGCUGGUGGUCCAUCGGCGCAUGAGGGCAGAGUUGAGGUGUAUCAUGCAGGACAGUGGGGGACAGUGUGUGAUGACCAAUGGGACGACAACGAUGCUGAGGUGGUUUGCAGGCAGCUGGGAUUAGGGGGCAUUGCUAAAGCUUGGGUGGGAGCGUAUUUCGGACCUGGCUCAGGCCGUGUGCUAUUAGACGAAGUGAGCUGCACGGGAAAUGAGUUCUCCAUAGAACAGUGUCCAAAACCUGUCUGGGGGGAACACAACUGUGACCACACAGAGGAUGCUGGAGUCUCCUGCACCCCACUUACAGAUGGUGCCGUGCGUCUGGUAGGGGGGGUGAAAAGUUUUGAGGGCAGACUGGAAGUUCAUUACAAAGGCCAGUGGGGGACCGUGUGUGAUGAUGGCUGGACCCAAACCAACACGCAGGUCAUCUGCAGGCAGCUUGGCUUAAGGUCAGGUGAAAGCGUAUCACCAAGGAGGUUCGGAGUGGCAGUGGGUCCAAUUUUGCUGGAUGAUGUCAUAUGUACGGGCAAAGAGCCUGCUCUUACACACUGCAGUCGAAGGGGCUGGAUGAAACAUGACUGUACUCACAACCAAGAUGUAGCCGUUGUGUGCAGCUCCCAACGCUCCAGACAUGGCGCGCCCACCAGUGUACCUGUGAGGCUGGUUGGCGGAGAGAAUGAGAGAGAGGGGCGUGUCGAGAUCCUGAUUGGUGGCCAGUGGGGGACGGUUUGUGAUGACGGAUGGACAGAUCAGGAUGCAGAGGUGGUGUGCAGACAGCUGGGCUAUAGGGGGCUGGCAAAAGCUCGUGUAAUGGCCUAUUUUGGAGAAGGCGAUGGACCUAUCCACAUUGAUAAUGUAGAGUGCAAUGGUGGGGAACGCACACUGGCUAAUUGUAUCAAACAACCGUAUGGGACGCACAACUGUCGACAUAGUGAAGACGCUGGGGUUAUCUGUAACUAUGGCUUACAGAAGGAUGCACCUGUUGUGAAAGAGGCAGUGAGCACCAUGUGUGGUCUAAGACUUUCUCAUGCCCGUCAGAAGAGAAUAAUAGGAGGGGAGAACUCUUUACGGGGAGGAUGGCCGUGGCAGGCAGCCUUGCGCUUACGUGGUUCUCAGGCAGAUGGACGCUUGGUAUGCGGAGCCACUUUGAUCAACAGCUGCUGGAUCCUCACCUCAGCUCAUUGCUUUAAGAGGUAUGGUAACAGCACUGGGCUAUAUAAAGUUCGUGUGGGGGACUUUCACUCUCUGGUACCCGAGGAGCAUGAGGAGGAGUAUGCUGUGGAGAAGAUCAUCCUUCACCCACGCUACCAUGCUAACAGCAACGACUAUGACCUGGCACUGGUGCGUUUGUCCGGCCACAGAGCUCAUGGAGGGGGGACCUUGGGCGAAUGCGUCAGGCUGAGCCGUUUUGUCCUGCCCGCCUGCCUACCGGUUCGGAGAGAGAGAGCGCCAAAGGGCAUUUCCAACUGCUACAUCACAGGCUGGGGAGACACAGGUCGCGCAUAUUCGAAAACCCUCCAACAGGCUUCAAUUUCUGUGUUGAGCAAGCGUCAGUGUGAGCAGCGCUAUUCAGAUCAAUUCACCAGUCGCAUGCUGUGCGCCGGCUCUUCCCACGACGACCACCGCGUGGACAGUUGCCGUGGAGAUAGCGGUGGUCCAUUGGUGUGUGAGAGGUCAAGCGGAAGUUGGGUUGUAUAUGGGGUCACGUCAUGGGGUCACGCUUGUCGACUGCAGAAUGCACCUGGCGUCUACACAAAAGUCUCUGCCUUUGUGCCAUGGAUUAGAAAGGUCAUUGGACUUCUGUAGGAACAUUUUUGUCAAACAUUCUGAGAAAGUGGACAAAGAAAUGAAGCACAUUUUAAAGAAACUUAAGAUUAUAGUUAACAUUAACUGUAUAAUUUCUUAAACAUCGUAAAUGUGACGUAAGUCUUACUUAGCAUAUAGUCAAUGUAAAAUUAAACUUUGCACUGAAGUAUUUUAUUUUAAAGGGACAUUUUGAUAGCGAUCCAUUUAUUGGUCUUAGAUUGGCAUCGUUUAGUGUCUUCUUUUCUUUCUAUUUUUAAAUGGAAGCACUUCUAGGUUAUAGGGACCACAAAAGCAAGAAAUGUCUUAAAGAAUGUGACUCCUUACUUGAUACUAUUGUGCACCCCCAAAAUUGAAUGUUUUCUUUUGAUAUAUAGGGGUUACAAGAAUGCGCUGACGCCUUGAAAUUACAAAUUUUAAUGCUAAAUUUGGAUGAUUCUGGAUUUCUGGCUUGUGGUUAUCAUGCCAUUGCUAAGUAACCAACAACAUCACCUCAACAACGCAUUAGGUGACAUCAUUACUCCUUCAUAGGAAUAAUGACAUCAUUUGUAACACAUCAGAUUUUUAGCUUGCCGCAUCCCAACACAAAAAGUCUGAAAGUAAAAGAAAAACACAUAGCACAUAUUUAUACACACUCUUUUUUAAAAGUAGGAGAACAGGGGGAUCUGUAAAUUAUGUGCAAUUGCAAACCUGUUUACAAAUGUUUAUACCUCCUUGUUUUAGUAAGGAACAAAUCUCAUCUUAACCAUUUUUUGAAGUAAACCAAGUAUGUUUAUAAUGUGUCAUGAUGUGGUUGUGUAUCACAUGCUGUGUUAAUGCUAGCAUAUUAAUAAUCAAGUGUCUAUUUUUUAAGGAAAAUAGCAUUAAUGAACGUAGUAUAAAAUGAUUCAUUUUAAAUGCAAUCUAUUGGUCCAGAAAAAAAAUGUGAUCGAUCACAAGCCCUGUAAUUUUGCACAAACAGAAGCAUUGCAGUUUAGCUGAGCUGCAGGCUUUUGGAAAUCUAGUCAAUUUCUUAUACAUCAAUCAGUCAUCAUAUUCCCGUCUGAUUUACUGUACAGUUAAAUUGUAAACAAAUGUUUAACAUUUUGUUUAGUACUGCCUUGUAUGUAUGUUUGAAUAUUUCUGUACUCCCUGUGGCAUGGUGCAUUGUUUUUUGCAUAAAAUGAGUUUGUAAAGUCCUACUGUAGUGACUUUAUAACAAAACAAACACAUUUUUCUUUAAUAUCAUAAAAGUUUGAAAUGUCUUACAACUGUGUGUGUGUUCACACAGUGGUCUAAAGCACUGUGUUCAGGAAUGACAUUGCCAUGUUAGCACAGUCUAUUGAACUCGCCUGUUUAUACAACACAAUCUACCUGCAG